AUGACAAAACUCUUAAUGUCCCUUCCCUGGAAACGCCUAAUCCGCUUCCGCGCCAUUGACGGCCGCAUCUUGCGCCGGGAGCCCAUCCCGCCCGCAGAGCGCGAAAUGGACCUGGGACAGAACACCGAAGCCAAUCAACUACAAGCUCGAGUCCUCCAGGGUGAAGACACCCACGAUACAACGGGUGCAAUCAAGGUGAUGAACGAGAUUGUCAGGGUCCAACAGAUUUUCCCCCGCUAG